UUUGUACGAUACAGACAUGUAUGUAGGUAGAUGUAUGUACAUAUAGUACUUAUGAGUCAGUCACACGUCGUACGCCCUGACAAACACAUGUGUAAACUUACAAGUUGAAUAAUAUACAGUCCAUUCAAUAUUUUAUGUGGGUUUCAUUACCAGUGCCCCACAUUAUGGUCCUUCUUCGGAAUUUAUAAAUCUAUCGUUUGGAUCAGGGCGCUGUCGCGAGUGUGGCUCAUCUUACAUUUCAUUGCAUUGGCCGUACCAACGCCAUUUUUUACAUCGGACUCUCGGACUUUUUUGCGGUUGUGCGGAGCACCGGACUCUUACACUAACAUUUACAAGUGCCGUCAAUCGUGGACAGUGUUACAAAAUUACCAAAGACUUUAUCUGGUCUUGCGGAGUGUUUGCUGCAAGUGCACUGCUAUAAGUGUUUUCACCGGACUUUGGACUUUACAUUACAUUACAAGUUGGUUGCUGCUAUAAGCAAUCGACGCCAGAUUGCCCUUGUUGCUUCUGGGAAUCAUCGGGUCUCGCGGCUAUAGUAUUUUCUGCGAGUGCACUUCUAUAAGUGUGUCACCGAGGUUUGGACUUUACAUACAAGUGGAUUGCUGCUAUAAGCAAUCGUUUCCAAAUUGCCCUUGUUGCGGCAUCUUUACAUCGUUUUAUGAUACAGUUUAAGAGUGAGAGACUAUACAUUCGAGCUGCAUUCAUAGUUUUACAAACAUUUACAUGUGCUAAAUUUCAUGGUUCACCAAUACACGUAGCCAUUUCCAUCGAAUACGGUUGGCCAACAUAGCUUCAAGAAUUCUACGUCGAGGUUCCUGAUUGGUGGAAAACGAGUCAAAUUGACCGUUUCCGCUACUGCGAGAGGAGGAUAGCUGAUCCAAUCCGUAGAGGGUUAGAAAGGGACGGCAUAUCGUCGGGAGCGCUCGUCCCAGGUGGGCCAACUUCGAAAAAAGCAGCGACGCGAGCGCCAUCCGCGGUCGGGUGACUGCAACUCGUCGAGUCGGCAAUACUCGGAAGCGCUCGUCACAGGCGGGCCAACCUCGAAAAAAGUAGCGACGCGCGCGCCACCCUCGGUCAGGAGACUGCAACUCGUCGCAUCGGCAAUACUCGGGAACGUUCGUCACAGGCUAGCCAACCUCAGCGGUCAAAAAAGGCGACGCGCGCGCCACCUGCGGGGACCGCGGACCAAGCUUCGAUUGAUUCGAAUUCGACGUUCGACGCCAUUUUAUCUCUUUGAAAAUUUCUUUGUUGUUUGUGUAUUUAGCAUUUUUCAAAAAUAUAAUAUUAAUCUAUAUUAAUAUAACUAAAUACAAGUGUAAAAAGUUAUAGAAUCUCCAAAAUGGAGGAAGAUUUAAAGAAAUUGAAGGCUGCCAGGGGGCAAGCCAAAUGUAGUAUCACGAAUAUUUGUAAUUUCACAAACGUGAUUAAAAACUUAGAAGAAUAUAAGGAGGAGUUUUUAGAAUAUGAGGAGAAGUAUUUUUGUGCUUUGUCUGCCUUGACUGAGUACCUCACCAUGAAACAAGGUUACUCUGCUUCGUCAUCGGGAAAUGCUUCCACCAGCUUAACUAACAACAAUCACACAUUCCAACGCUUGCCACCUAUCGAUAUAAAAAAGUUUAGUGGAAAGGUAUGUGAAUACUAUGAUUUUAUUAAUCUUUUCACCAGUGUAAUUGCCAAUAACUCAAGCUUAUCGUCCUGUGACAAGUUUUAUUACUUAAAAACAUCAUUAGAGGGCGAGGCUGCUGAUGUAAUCAAGCAUUUAGGCCUAACUUCUGAAAAUUACACAGUAGCAUUACAACUUUUGGCUGAGAGAUACGAUAACAAAAUGAAAAUAAUUAACCACCACAUAUCUGCUUUAUUAGACAUAGAAUGCCUAACAAAAUGUACUGCACCUGCCUUAAGAAACAUUGUUGCACAAGCUAAACAGCAUCUAGCUGCUUUAAAAACGUUGGAGGUACCAACUGAUCAGUGGGAUCUCAUCAUCAUUUGUAUUUUACAAAGAAAGUUGGACCAACAAACGUUGCGGUAUUAUUAUUUAGAACUUAAAGACGGCUUACAUAAUUUGCAAUCUUUUCUCAAAUUUAUAGAACAACGAGCUGCUGCGUAUGAGACUGUGGCAGAUGGCUAUAGUUCCAGCUUAAAAAGAGGUCAUGCAGUGAGUGGGAGCCGCACCGCAAGUCUGGUAACAACCUCCACCCAAAAUAGCAACAACAACAAUGACAACUGUAAGUUUUGCAAUUCAAAAUAUCACUUGCUUCACCAGUGUGAGAAGUUUAAGCUAUCUAACUACUCAGAUAGAAUCUACUUUAUCGAAUCCAAUAAGUUGUUUAGGAGAUAA